CAGUCGCUUCCAAGACAGCCAUGAAGCCAUAGAAGAGCGAUCGCCGACCGUUGUUCGUAGUGUAAUGAGCUCACACGUGUGAAAGAAGUAAAUAAUUAGGCGGGGAUUUAGUACGCGUGUACUAUUUUUUGGUGGCCACCGUAGAACGCCGUAGUUUUGAGCACGCGAUCGAGUUGAGUGAGUCGCAGUUUUGUAUUUGUGUGCGAAGGCAACUCACGUCUCAAACUGAUGGGCUGGGGUUUCUCAGUUCACUACGCUCGCGGUUUUACUCGCAGAUUGUCACACGAUCGCUACGAAUGUGUGGUGGAUGUCGCGCUCGCUCGCUGGUUUUUGGUGACUGAUUUGUGUUGAAUAUCUGAGCUUCAGGAUUUAAUUAUACUCGGUAUUUGGCGGUGAGCGGAUCGUUUUCUUAGUUUGGUGCCGUAAAGGCUUUUCUGUGCUACGGCGACUUUUCAUAUUUUUUAUAUGUUCUAACCUUCUUGAUAGUGGUGUCGAAUUGUGAUCAUACAACGGGCCCAUUAUUGUUCUACGUUUAUCUUUCGUCAAGUAAUCGCUGCAUGUGAUCGGGUGUAAAUUAUGCGGUCCAUGAUUGUUCGGGAAGUGAUUGUAUAGUGAAGUGACCAAUGGAAGAUUAUUGAAGCGAUCAAUGUGAUUUUUUGAAAAGAGAAUCCUUGUAUUCUAUUAUAUGUGUAUUUGGAGCAGACGAUAAUAACACUUGGAUAUCAAAACAACACACCCCAGUUUUUGCUGAUUCUUCAACUAGGAGACUUGGUGUUACGAGAAAAACAGCAAAGCGCACCUUUUUUUGUUUUAAACGAAGGAAGCAAAAUUAAGACCCGAGGAAUAUGGUAGGACAAAGAAUAGCAAACUCUUUACUAAAGAGAUCAGCGUUUUCAUCGGCAAUCAAUGUGCUACCAAACGAAGCGGCCGCCACAACCAUCGAUCCACCGUUGGCGGAUUUUCGAGGCCACGUCAAACCGUACUCGGAGGUACCGGGGCCAAAGGAACUGCCUCUGAUAGGCAACAGCUGGCGGUUUGCACCGUUGAUUGGCCAGUACCGCAUCGAGGACCUAGACAAAGUGAUGUGUGAUCUGCACCGACACUUUGGCAAAAUAGCCAAAGUCGGUGGCUUAAUCGGACACCCAGACUUGCUGUUCGUAUUCGAUGCCGAUCUGAUUCGAGACACAUUCAAAAAGGAGGAAGUUCAACCACACCGUCCGGCUAUGCCAUCGCUUCGAAACUACAAGUCAAAGCUACGAAAAGACUUUUUCGGCGACAACAUGGGGCUGAUCGGAGUGCAUGGCGAAAAGUGGGAUGCCUUCCGCGCUCAGGUACAGCAAGUGAUGUUGCAACCAACGACGGCCAAAAAGUACAUCGCUCCCCUUGACGAAAUUUCCACUGACUUUAUGGCCAGAAUACACGAAAUGCGGGACGAGAACAAUGAACUGCCGGGUGAUUUCCUCCAUGAGCUCUACAAGUGGGCGCUCGAGUCCAUUGGACGUGUUGCUCUGGAUACCCGACUUGGCUGUGUUUCGAAAACGGGUAACGAAGAAUCGAAACGUAUCAUCGACUCCAUCAACGCCUUUUUCUGGACCGUUGCCGAGGUUGAGCUGCGGAUGCCUAUCUGGAGGAUAUAUCAGACAAACGCCUACAAAAAGUACAUCGGAGCCCUGGACACUUUCAGGGAUCUAUGUAUGCGCCAUAUCAAUAUCGCAAUGGAGAAAAUGAACAACAGCUCCGAAGUCAAAAGCGAAGAGCACAUUUCCAUAGUCGAACGGAUUCUGCAAAAGACAAACAACCCUAAAAUUGCCGCUGUGCUUGCAUUGGACUUGAUCAUGGUUGGUGUCGACACGACAUCCGUUGCAGCCACCUCUACCAUCUAUCAGCUGAGUCAGAAUCCGGACAAACAGGAAAUUUUAUUUAACGAGAUCAAGCGCAGCCUACCGACGCCGGAUACGAAAUUCACCAUUUCAAUGCUAGAAACGAUGCCAUAUCUGCGGGCCUGCAUUAAAGAAACGCUUAGAAUGUAUCCAGUUGUAAUCGGGAAUGGGCGAAGUCUUCAGUCGGAUGCCGUUAUCGGGGGAUAUCACAUUCCCAAGGGGACCCAUGUCAUUUUUCCCCACCUGGUUGUAUCCAAUUUGGAGGAGUAUUUCCCGGAACCCGACCGAUUCCUACCCGAACGGUGGCUCAAGCGGGGUGAGUUGAAGGAACACAACGGAUGCCCACAUGCAGGCCAAAAAAUUCACCCGUACGUUAGCCUACCUUUCGGUUACGGUCGACGCACCUGUAUUGGACGACGCUUUGCCGAGUGUGAGCUUCAAAUUCUUUUGUCUAAGCUUUUCCGGCGGUAUCACGUAGAGUAUAACUAUGAAAAGCUAACCUACAAGGUGAACCCAACGUACAUACCCGAUAAGCCCCUGAAAUUUAAACUGACCGAACGCAAUAACUGACUGUACUCUGGCGCCGUGCCAGGUGGCGUUACGAGAGAAAAUGAGGAGUUAAAAUAGCUACAGUAGCAUGUAAGGGUUCAUACCGGCACGUCCAUGAACAAAAGCGCAUACGCCAGAGUGAGAGUACGGAGAAUGUAAUAAAAUAUUUAUGUACAUAAACGUAUGGAAUAAAUUGAGAUAAGGUUAA